AGCCGACUGACACUCAGUCAACUGAAGCAAGUGCCAAUCGAACGAAAAUGCAAGCCAUUCUGCUACUUUUUCUGCUCUGUGCAGGCUGUUCCGCAAUCGCUGCAUCGGGUGUUUUCCAGACUAUAAACCUGGGAGGCGGUGGCAAUUCAAGAUCUGCAGGUGGCAAUAUCGACUUCAAUGGCAAUGACUGGAGCGAUAGUGUUCACAAUUCGGAUGUCGAUAACUUGCUGAAGCGACUGGAAAAAUUGGAUGGCAGUGACAAUAAUAGAAACAACUGGGGAAACGAUGACGACAGAGCAUCUGGUUUCGAUGCUGAUCGAUUCAGAGAUGAUUCAAAUGAGGACGCUCGCGGUGUUCAAAUAAUAAGCUUAGUUUAAACACUCGAAUUUUAUACAAAAUAAAUUAGAAGCAAUAACAAAAGUGGGUUGCCUGAAAUUAUGUCUCAAACUAAAUAAAUAACAGCUGUCUUUUUUA